AUGAAUGAAGUUCAAUCUACCACUACAUCUACAACAUUAAUGCACUCUAAUACAGAUAAUGAAGUUCAAUUGAUGUUUACACAAUCAAUGCAUUCUAAUAUAAAUAAAUUAUAUUCUUCUGUAUUAAAACUUGAAUUUUUUGAUAAUAAACCAAUGCAACUAUUUGAAGAAUAUAAAUCUGUACUUCUUAAUGCACUUAAAAUUGUACAAGAACAAGAAAAUGCUAAUAAUAUACAAUAG